AUUUUUGACGCUUCAAUGCCUCAACAAUCACCUUAUAGUGUACCUUAUAGACUUUUAUCAACAGUGUGUACUUUUUGUGAGUCUUUGGUCUUCAGAAACUUGAUCGUCCAUUCAUUUUAAAACACCUGUUAUUAUUGUAUUGAACAGGCAGGGCUGGGUUGCUACUUCCGCUUCCUGUUUCGCCGUAUCGCAAUCAUCGAAGGGCCCCCCAAAAGAAAGAUAGAGGAAAAAAGUUGCGCUGUAAAUCGUUGUCAUUUUACUUUAACUUAUUCAAACCACAGAGCCCUCACCGUUUCAGAUGAAGUACUUUUCCCGGAUUUUCAAAAAGUAUUUUUUUUUUUUUAAACAAACAGCGAGGAUCGACUGGGAGUUGUGUUGUGCUUAAACUGCCGUGGAAGCUCCGGUGAGAGUCACACAACACCCGUUAGCUCAUAAUAAAGCUGUUUUGUGUUUGGGUGAUUCUUCAUAACCAUAUCAUACACACCCAAAACUACAUGAAAAUAUUAUUUACCUGAGUGAUAAUGUUAUUAAUGUGCCAAACGAGUUGCCAUUAGUCAAAUGCUAACGACGGGUUGUCAGGCUAAUGCUAACACAGUGGCUGGCCAAAAGGAGUUGCUAUGCUAACGUUAGCUUCAAGCUAAGUGGUUUAGAAGGCUAAAUGUUAGUUUCUACUCAGCACAGUCGCUGGCCGAGUAGUGGAUGUUGAGUUUACCUUCUAGGUAGCACACAUGUGUGCUCCAAAAGACAAAACCAAACGACAACAAAAGUUUCUGCUAAAGUUAGCUUCCUAGUUACCACACUUGUUGUCUAAGUAGUGGAUGCUACCGUUAGCGUUAGUUGGCUAGUCGCCCAUGUUGGAGACUAUGAAGGACACGCAAUCUCACAAGGGCUUUUGAAGUUUUUCCACAGGCUUCCUCAAUCACCUGCAUUGACAUCAUCUUCAUGCUGAUGUGAUCCUCUGUCCUUGUGCCGCACCGUGCAUCCUCCUUGCCCUCUACGGCACCCCUGCACCGUGUUGUCUGCCCGUCAUCAACCUCGCCGAAACGCCCCGCCCCCCGGAGCAAUGUGUGACAACGGCGACCCUGAGGACAAACCACCCGCUCCUCCGGUCCGAAUGAGCAGCACGAUCUUCAGCACCAGCUCGGGCAAAGACUCUCUGUCGGCCAACCACAGCUCCAAGCCACUGCCGUCUGUGCCCGAGGAGAGGAAACCUCGCAGCAAGAUCAUCUCCAUUUUCUCUGGCGCGGAGAAAGGCGGAAGAAAGAAAGAUCGAGACAAAGAGCGACCGGAGAUCUCUUCGCCAUCCGACUUUGAGCACACUAUACAUGUCGGCUUUGAUGCUGUCACGGGGGAAUUCACUGGCAUGCCGGAGCAGUGGGCUCGACUACUGCAGACCUCAAACAUCACCAAGUCGGAGCAGAAGAAGAACCCGCAGGCCGUGCUUGACGUCCUCAAGUUCUACGACUCCACGGGCAAUGGCCGACAGAAGUACCUCAGUUUCUCGUCUUCUGAAAAAGAAGCAUUCACUCCAGGGCCACAGUCUCCUGUCAAAAAAGGUGCAGAGCCCACAUCUCCGACUAUCAAAGACAUUGACGAUGACGACGACGAUGAAGUCCCGCCUCCUGCUGUGGCUCCCAGACCGGAACACACAAAGAGCGUGUACACUCGCUCCGUCAUCGACCCCAUACCUGCCCCCAGCCUGAGCACGGACGGCGACGUGGCGUCCAAGGCUGCAGACCGACAGAAGAAAAAGGGCAAGAUGUCCGACGAGGAGAUCAUGGACAAACUGCGAACUAUCGUCAGCAUUGGCGACCCCAAGAAGAAAUACACCAGAUAUGAAAAGAUUGGACAGGGGGCUUCUGGAACAGUCUUCACUGCCAUUGAUGUUGCCACAGGACAGGAGGUGGCCAUCAAACAGAUCAACCUCCAGAAGCAGCCCAAGAAGGAGCUGAUCAUCAAUGAGAUUCUAGUCAUGAAGGAGCUGAAGAACCCCAACAUUGUCAACUUCCUCGACAGUUUCUUGAUGGUAGAAGAGCUGUUUGUGGUGAUGGAGUACCUGGCAGGCGGCUCACUCACAGAUGUCGUCACGGAGACUUGCAUGGAUGAAGCCCAGAUAGCCGCCGUCUGCAGAGAGUGUUUACAAGCGUUGGACUUCCUGCACGCAAACCAGGUCAUCCACAGAGACAUUAAAAGUGACAACGUGCUGCUCGGCAUGGACGGCUCCGUCAAGCUUACCGACUUCGGCUUCUGCGCCCAGAUCACUCCGGAGCAGAGCAAGCGCAGCACCAUGGUGGGCACACCCUACUGGAUGGCCCCCGAGGUAGUGACCCGGAAGGCUUAUGGGCCUAAAGUGGACAUUUGGUCACUGGGCAUCAUGGCAAUAGAGAUGGUCGAAGGAGAGCCGCCCUAUCUGAACGAGAACCCACUACGAGCCUUGUAUCUGAUCGCUACCAACGGAACCCCUGAACUCCAGAACCCGGAGAAGCUGUCUCCGGUCUUCAGAGAUUUCCUCAACCGCUGCCUGGAGAUGGAUGUGGAGAAGAGAGGCGGAGGCAAAGAGCUUUUGCAGCAUCCCUUCCUGAAGCUGGCCAAACCCCUGUCGAGUCUCACGCCGCUCAUCUUGGCCGCCAAGGAGGCCAUGAAAGGCAAUCGUUAAGAAGAGGACCCUCGUGACUCCCGCCUAACCAUGCUGUGCACAGACAAACACACACUUUCUCUCUCUCACACACACACACACACACUAUACCAACCAUUUAGAAUUAGUGCCAGACAAGAGGCUGAGCAGCCUUAAAAAUAAUUUUAAAAAGCCCUGACAAAACCUCACUGUGAAGAAGACCAAAAAUAGAACCCACCCCUCACCCCCGAACAACCACCACCAUCACACACCCACCACCGCUGAUCCGCACGAACUCUGGUCUCGCUCCGACGUCACCAACGAGACAAAGUGCUUCCUCUCAGGCAGGCGUUUGUACAACACCUCCUGGUGACACGUUAGGACCCGGCUCGUAUUUAACUUUUAAUGAAGAAGACGCCUAGUUCUAGUUUCUAGUGUGGUUUUUAUGUUUAUUUUUUAAUCAACUGCCUUAAACAAAUGCAAAAAAAUGUUGCCUAAUGUAUUGUUGAUUUGUCAACCCAUGAUUUUUACUACCUUUUCUUUUUGUAAUUUUAUCUUUUCAGCUUCGUCAGUGUCUUAGCUAUUUUGAUACUUGAAUUUCAUACAUGUGUCCCCCAUCACUUUUUAAUGGACAUUUCAUCGGACUGCUUUUAUAGGAAACAUUUCAGUGGAUUCACAAUCAAGAUUGUGUCAAUGACUUUCUAUUGAUUUCCACACUUGAUAGACCUACUGUGCCGCAUUUAGUCCCUUUAUACCAGAGGUGCACCUUACAGGCAAAUUUAAGUUUAGAUUGACAGGGUUUAUAUUUUCCUCUCUAUUGUUGAUAUUAAAAAGUGAAAUUUGUA